CUUGGAGCCAGCCUACCGCACCCUGUGCCCCGGCCGGGGUGUUCUGACGAGUGGCCGGCCCGCGUCACCCUGCAGGAGCUCCGCGCCUGGGCGCCAUCCCGCGCCUUCGGAUCCUCUGGGACCUUUUCUGAGUGGACUCUCCCCCCACCCCUCAACUCCACCACAUCGGGGAACAACCACAAAUUCAGUCUGGGCUUUUCCUGAGUAAACCAGAACCUCAGAGUCUUUUUGCUCAACGCUGGAUUUAAUAUGUAUAUAUUUUUGAAGGAUUUGUUUUUUUUUUUUUUUACCUUUGAUUUUUGAUCUUCGGGUUUUUUGACAGCCCCUCCCCUGUACGUUAUUCUUUUUUUGUUUGUUUGUUUGUUUUUUAUUUGUGUGUUACUGUUUUCUCUCUCCGCAUUGCUCCUCGGCCCGAGGACUCGGACGCUGCGAGCGCGCGGGGGGAGAUGUACCAGAGCCUGGCCAUGGCCGCCAACCACGGCCCCCCUCCCGGGCCCUACGAGGCGGGCGGCCCGGGCGCCUUCAUGCACGGGGCGGGCGCCGCGUCCUCGCCGGUAUACGUGCCCACGCCGCGGGUGCCCUCCUCGGUGCUCGGCCUGUCCUACCUCCAGGGCGGAGGCGGGGGCGCAGCCUCCGGGGCCGCCUCGGGCGGCAGCUCGGGAGCCGCGCCGUCGGGCGCGGGGCCCGGGACGCAGCAGGGCAGCCCAGGCUGGAGCCAGGCGGGAGCCGAGGGCGCCGCCUACACCCCGCCGCCCGUGUCGCCGCGCUUCUCCUUCCCGGGCACCACCGGGUCCCUGGCUGCCGCUGCCGCCGCCGCCGCGGCCCGGGAAGCCGCGGCCUACAGCAGUGGCGGCGGGGCUGCCGGCGCGGGCCUGGCGGGCCGCGAGCAGUACGGGCGAGCCGGCUUCGCGGGCUCCUACUCCAGCCCCUACCCCGCCUACAUGGCCGACGUGGGCGCGUCCUGGGCCGCGGCCGCCGCCGCCUCCGCCGGACCCUUCGACAGCCCGGUCCUGCACAGCCUGCCCGGCCGAGCCAACCCCGCCGCGCGACACCCCAAUCUCGUAGAUAUGUUUGAUGACUUCUCGGAAGGCAGAGAGUGUGUCAACUGUGGGGCCAUGUCCACCCCUCUGUGGCGGCGGGACGGGACGGGCCACUACCUGUGCAACGCCUGCGGCCUCUACCACAAGAUGAACGGCAUCAACCGGCCCCUCAUCAAGCCCCAGCGCCGCCUGUCUGCCUCCCGCCGAGUGGGCCUCUCCUGCGCCAACUGCCAGACCACCACCACCACGCUGUGGCGCCGCAACGCCGAGGGCGAGCCCGUGUGUAAUGCCUGCGGCCUCUACAUGAAGCUCCACGGCGUCCCCAGGCCCCUUGCGAUGCGGAAAGAGGGGAUUCAAACCAGAAAACGGAAGCCCAAGAACCUUAACAAAUCAAAGACACCAGCAGGUCCCUCAGGCAGUGAGAGCCUCCCUCCCACCACCAGUGCUUCCAGCAGCUCCAGCAGUGUGGCCACCAGCAGCAGUGAGGAGAUGCGCCCCAUCAAAACCGAGCCUGGGCUGCCGUCCCACUAUGGGCCCAGCAGCUCCCUGUCGCAGACAUUCUCGGUCAGCGCAAUGUCUGGCCACGGGUCCUCCAUCCACCCAGUCCUCUCUGCUCUGAAGCUCUCUCCGCAAGGCUACGCGGCUUCUGUCAGCCAGUCACCACAGGCCAGCUCCAAGCAGGACCCUUGGAACAGCCUGGCCUUAGCUGACAAUCAUGGGGACAUAAUCACUGCAUAAUGUCACCCCUUCCCUCCUCGGAUCCUGCCCGGACUUGGGGACACGGGGGACAGCAGAGAUGAGGCUCUGGGCUCCGGGGUGCUGGCCUGCUCUGCCUGGGAAUGACUCCAGACAACAACUGGGAAGAAACUUGAAGUCAAUGAUUUGCUUAGGGGAUUUUAGCACAUACCUUUUUUUUUGGGGGGGGGGGGACUGGAGAGCUCAGGAGGAGCCCACCCCCUUCCCUAGGAGCACACCUCAGCCCCUCCCACGGAGCUGCAGACUUUUCUCAUUUUUCUGCCCCAUCACCCCCGACAAGAGACGAGAAGUCCUUCUCCCCUGUUUCCACCAAGAUGGUGGCCUUUCCACUGUGCCGUGGGCACCGGGGAUCCCAGGGCAGGUAGAGCGGGCAUCUGUUGGACGUGUGUUGGGAUGCCUCGCCCCGCGGCCGGUCCUGCCCUCGGCCAACACUCCCCUGCGGGCCCAGUGCACCCGCCUCCCUCAUACUGAGUCUUGACUCCAGAAACACUGCAUGUAGGGCCAGUGUUACCAGAUGCUGCGUGGGGAGAGUGGCUUCCGCAAACUACGUGGCAACCUCGCGUCCCUGCAAGUUCCUCCUGCGGCUCAAAUCGCUCCUUCUCUUCACCCCCGCCCUCCUCGAGGCCUCUGAAAAGAAACGCCCCUCCGCUGCUCUUGGUGAUUCUGCUCUGCCUGCAGUUUGAACUAGUCCCCGAAUCCUUCUUCCGCCCCAUCACGCUCAGGGGUGUUCCUGAGUAAGAACAAAAAAGGUUCUGCUGCUGAAGCGAAUUUGACCAGCAUUCAUGUGAGACUUGAGAUCCUUCUGGACAGGAUGUCUGGUGGACGGCCUCCGCCAGCGCGGCUGGGGAUGCUCUGCGUGGGGCGGGGUUGUUGGCCUGGAACUUGCGGAUGCGCUGUGGUUCCCUGGAAACGCACCUGUUGCCUGGGCCGCAGGCGGAGUCCAUCUGAGGGGCGCGCACUGCCUGCACCCGCGUCCUUUCUCCAGCAGAAGGCGUCUGUCCAGGAGGCAAAAAUGCUAGGGAUUUUCCAAUAUAACAAACACAGCACAACUCAUGGAAGAAAGACUUCGAGUGAUGAGAGAAGAUACAAGGGCGGGAGGGGGCGCCUUACCGCUCCCCCGGUUUGGCAAUCGGCCUCCUCUCCGCGUUGCUAUCUGCUCUCUCUACCCGUGACCCGGGGCUCGCGAAGAUGCUGCCUUCCUUGCCCUGGCUGCCAACAGAGUGUAGCUGACUAGCCUUCCUCUGUGCUACGCCAAACACCCAACCCCCGCCCCGCAAUCCUCCCGGCGGUAGCAGAGUUAUCUUUAAACCCAGGUUCUGUUUUAAUCAUCAUUUACAUUGGCUUUCUUCUACGAAAGCCGCCCCUCACCCCUUGUAUACCCUUCCCUAACCCACAAAACUGCUAACGUUGUCUUAAGGUGAAAUGGCUGUAAAAUCAGUAUUUAACUAAUAAAUUUAUCUGUAUUCCUCUUU